UGAAUCAGCUGUUCUGACAACCGCAUUCAAAAAUGGUUUCGAUUAUUGACAAUUUAUAUUAGUUUAACCCGAUUUUUUUCCUAAAAGUUGAAUGAAAUCGUAAUAAUAUGUUCGAGAAUAUAUUUAGACAAGUAGGUAGUAUAAUCCAUAGCACAUUUAUUCCAGUUGUAUAUGCGCAACAAAGCGAGCCGAAAAGUGUGGACGAUGAAAAUGUUUGGGAUCGUUUAAAAGUAAUCACAGAAGCAAAUAAAUAUGGUGCACUUUCGCACGAGGUGACUAGUGUUAUAAACUAUAUUCAGAAUGGAGUCCUCUUCGGUAGUUUUGUUGGCAUUUCAAUAUUUACGAAGAAUCAAUACGUAGAUUUUGUGCAUAAUGAAAGAGCAAGUCAGUAUAAAUGGCAUUUGGACGCCAAACGUGAAUUAACCAAUCGAUGGUGUAAAGGUGCCGUGAGUGGCGCCGCCACAUGGGGCAUUAAGUGUACAAUCGUUGCCGCAACUUUUGGAAUACUGGUCAAUCUCAUACCAAUUAUACGAAAUGAGAACAGUUGGCCCGAGUUUAUUGUGUCUGGAUUAGUAACUGGAACACUGGCCGGUCAGUUAUUUAGUAAUCCAGACGAAUUGGGAUUUCAGUCUAAAAAGUACAAUGGGCGAUUUUCAUACAGAACAUCAUGUCUUAUGAAAGGAGCUGGUUAUGGAUUAUUGGCUGGAGUUUAUAGCGGAUUAUAUUCUUUGCAAAAAUCAAAUCGUCUGAAUGCUGCUGAAUUGAAGAAAUGGGAGAAAUACUGGAAAAAACGGCUACAGAGAGGAGAAACCGGUACCAAAACUGACUGAUACAAUUGUUUAUAUAAAAAGACGAAUUAGAUUACUUUAUCACAUAUUAGGUUGAAAUUGUGAACACCUUUUUAAAAUUGAAAUAAAAAAUCAAAUUUAUAAUUAAA